GAGGACUCUCUGGCAUAAAACACUGUGGACCAUGAGAGCCUGAGGAUGGAGGUACACCAUAGUACCGGAAUUCGAGGGCAGUGCAACCCGAUAGCAAACUACUCUGGUUUGCUGCCUGGGAUCUCCACUACAUUCCUGAUUCUUGCUCCGCCUCUUUUGGUUUUGAUAUCUUUCAUCUGGUCCCCUUAUAUUCUUGGGGUUUGACGUGCAGACUGUGUCAUCACAGAGAAAGUGAUACCUUAAACUAGGGCAUCUCUGGAUACGGUUAGAUCCAAAUAUUCCAACCCUUAUAUUCGGCUUUUGUCUCAAUAUUCGCUAUGGACACCCAUCAAUUUGGAGACUUGUCGCAAAUACAAGCCAUGGAAGAGUCUCGCUUUCCUACCUGGAACACAAACCACGACAGCUACAUGUAUCCAUACAAGCAGCACGCAGUAAACUAUCCCUUGGAAGAAAACAUCUGUUUCGAUGAGUUCGACGAAGGCAGCAUCAGGGUUCCACCCAUGCAACGCUUCAUGGACGACAUGUACCCCUUCAGCCAUGGUAUUUUACAGGCAAACAUGCCCCUAUACAACCAGUACGCAGCACAUCUAGAGCACCAAUGGCACCUAUCGGACAGUCUUCGACAUCCCUCUCCUGACUGUACGUCAUCUGGCAACACCAGUCAGAAUACCCAAGACGAGCUGCGGUCUCCGUACAUGUACCAUGCUACUCCAUACACUGGUCCGAUGGAAUACCCUCAGGCCUCAUUCCCCUGUUCAACGACCAAACAGUUUCAUAACGGCCCUUACCAGCUCGACGUUCCGAUGUUUCCAAGUAACUGUACCCUUCGUCAACUCGAAUAUACCCCUGUGGCGGAGGCAGUUGCAGAGGAAGUCGAAGAUGGUGAUAUCAAACAAGAGGCUAUCACUAGCCACGAGCAAGGAACUGUCAAGACAGAAGAGACAACAGAGUACACGACUUAUGCAGACUCGGCAAUCGGACUCUCCACACGAGACGCUCAAUCAGUCGAACCAGUCGAUUUCCCUGCAGAGUCCACUUCGGAUUCCGAGUAUAGCCCGACGUCUGGUCGAUCUAAUAAGAGGAAAAGGUCUACAGCGUCGAGCAACAGCUCUAGUCGUACAUCGAGACGUCGCGCACAUAGUCGCAAGGACUCUCAUGCGACAAGUCCUACGGUAUCAAUCAAUUCAAAGAAGAAACAACGGCGGGCCUCGAAGGCCUCUCAGAGCCAUAUCGAUAUGAGCACCCAUCCUGACUAUCGCCGCCCCUUCCCUUGCCCAUUCGCUAUAUUUGGCUGCAAGUCCGACUUUGUCUCCAAGAACGAGUGGAAGAGGCACAUCAGUACCCAACAUAUUAAGCUUGGCUACUGGCGCUGCGAUCUCUGCCCGCCAUCGGUCGACCCAGAUGAUGACGCUCUAUACCACAACGACUUCAACCGCAAAGACCUCUUCACCCAGCAUCUCCGCCGCAUGCACGCCGCCCCCAAAGACAAGUCCCCCCAGUCCACCAAGGAGUACCCCGUCACCGAAGCCAAUCUCCCCGAGCACCAGAACCGCUGCAACCGCUGGCUCCGAGACCCGCCACAGCAUUCAAGCUGCCUCUUUUGCAACUGCGAAUUCGAAGGUGCGAAUUCCUGGGAUGAGCGAAUCGAGCAUAUCGGACGCCAUCUUGAGAAGGACUAUGCAAAUAGGGCUGAUAUGCUUGACUGCGCUACCUGGUACAAGGAUACGAGGCUUGAGUGUUAUUUGCUCAAUGAGGGUCUCAUCGCACGAAAUGGUAGUGGUUGGAGGAUUGGUGAUGGUAAUCCCUGCAGGGUUGCUGUUGUGGGAAGCGAUGCGGAGUCUGAGGAGGAGUGAAGGGAAUAAGCCAUGGAAUUUUCGUUUUGUUCGUAUUGCAGCUCAUUGCGAGCAACCUUGUUAGUUUUUUUGCGGAUUCUGUUUGGAAAGACAUGAUGCUGGUGCACGGUUAUUAUAGUUGGAUACCCCCUUCCCCGUUUGUGGGCGUUAUUUACAUACGAUUCUGUUUUUUUUUCAAAUUUGAUAGCAUAUCUUCAUCGUCAGAACAUGUG